CCAUCCCCGGCCCUGUCGGAGUUGCACGCGAGCAGGGGAAGCUCUCUAACUCUUCGAAUCACUCGAGUUCGAUCCCUCCGGUUCCGUGAUUCUUGGGCGGUGGAGUGCCGCCAACGACCGGCUUAUAUCAGAUCCGGCAAUGGGGGCGACGAUCCUCCCCGAUCUUCUCACCGAGAUCCUGAUCCCGGCGACCGCCGUCGUUGGGAUCGCGUUCGCCCUGGUGCAGUGGCUCCUGGUCUCGAAGGUGAAGCUAUCGCCCGAGCGGGAGUCAUCCGGGGCCGGAAACAACAAGAACGGUUACUCCGACUACUUGAUCGAGGAGGAGGAAGGGCUUAACAAUCACAACGUGGUCGUCAAGUGCGCUGAGAUCCAGAGCGCCAUUUCGGAAGGAGCUACUUCUUUCCUUGUCACGGAAUAUCAAUAUGUUGGAGUCUUCAUGGCUGUUUUUGCAAUCCUGAUCUUCCUCUUCCUUGGCUCCGUUGAGGGCUUCAGCACAAAGAGCCAACCCUGCACGUACAGCAAGGACAAAAUUUGCAAGCCAGUCCUUGCCAAUGCCAUUUUUAGCACUUUGUCUUUCUUGCUCGGUGCUUUCACCUCUGUGGUUUCUGGUUUUCUUGGUAUGAAGAUUGCAACAUAUGCGAAUGCAAGGACAACUCUGGAGGCAAGAAAGGGUGUUGGAAAGGCUUUCAUCACUGCAUUCCGGUCGGGUGCAGUGAUGGGCUUUUUGCUUGCUGCUAAUGGGCUUCUGGUGCUUUACAUUUCAAUAAACUUAUUCAAGUUGUAUUAUGGCGAUGACUGGGAAGGUCUUUUUGAGGCUAUUACCGGUUAUGGCCUUGGUGGGUCUUCCAUGGCUCUCUUUGGGAGGGUUGGUGGUGGCAUCUACACCAAAGCUGCAGAUGUUGGGGCUGAUCUUGUCGGAAAGGUUGAGAGGAACAUUCCUGAGGAUGACCCUAGGAAUCCAGCUGUUAUUGCUGACAAUGUUGGUGAUAAUGUUGGGGAUAUUGCUGGAAUGGGAUCUGAUCUCUUUGGCUCAUAUGCUGAGUCUUCCUGUGCAGCCCUUGUUGUUGCUUCAAUAUCUUCCUUUGGAAUUAACCAUGAAUUGACUGCAAUGUUCUAUCCCCUGCUGAUUAGUUCCAUGGGUAUUAUUGUUUGUCUGUUUACUACUCUUUUUGCCACUGACUUCUUCGAGAUAAAAGCUGUGAAGGAGAUUGAACCUGCUUUAAAGAAUCAGCUUAUAAUCUCCACUGUUCUGAUGACUGUGGGAGUUGCAAUUGUCAGUUGGAUAGCGCUCCCAUCCAGCUUUACCAUCUUUAAUUUUGGUGUCCAGAAGACUGUGAAGAACUGGGAGCUAUUCUUCUGUGUCGCAAUUGGUUUGUGGGCUGGUCUGGUGAUAGGGUUUGUCACGGAGUACUACACAAGCAAUGCAUACAGCCCUGUGCAAGAUGUUGCUGAUUCAUGUAGAACUGGAGCUGCUACCAAUGUUAUCUUCGGGCUUGCUUUGGGAUACAAAUCCGUCAUCAUUCCCAUCUUUGCUAUUGCUGUCAGCAUCUUUGUUAGUUUUAGUUUUGCUGCAAUGUAUGGUAUUGCAGUUGCCGCUCUUGGAAUGUUGAGCACCAUUGCUACUGGACUUGCAAUCGAUGCAUAUGGGCCUAUCAGUGACAAUGCUGGAGGUAUUGCAGAGAUGGCUGGGAUGAGCCAUAGAAUUCGUGAGAGGACCGACGCUUUGGAUGCUGCAGGCAACACCACUGCUGCAAUCGGGAAGGGUUUCGCUAUCGGUUCAGCUGCCUUGGUGUCCCUUGCACUUUUUGGUGCCUUUGUGAGUCGAUCUGCAAUUUCAACUGUGGAUGUCCUCACACCCAAAGUUUUCAUUGGGCUCCUCGUUGGUGCUAUGCUUCCCUACUGGUUCUCAGCCAUGACAAUGAAGAGCGUUGGUAGUGCAGCCCUUAAGAUGGUUGAAGAAGUCCGUAGGCAGUUCAACAGCAUCCCUGGCCUCAUGGAGGGAAGUGCUAAACCAGACUAUGCAAACUGUGUCAAGAUCUCAACUGAUGCCUCCAUCAGGGAGAUGAUUCCUCCUGGUGCUUUGGUCAUGCUUACUCCGCUCAUUGUCGGCACACUUUUUGGCGUUGAAACUCUCUCAGGAGUCCUUGCAGGCUCUCUUGUUUCUGGAGUCCAGAUCGCCAUCUCCGCAUCAAAUACUGGUGGUGCAUGGGACAACGCCAAGAAAUAUAUUGAGGCUGGAGCUUCAGAGCAUGCCAGGUCCCUCGGUCCAAAGGGAUCAGAUCCCCACAAGGCCGCCGUGAUUGGUGACACCAUCGGUGACCCACUCAAGGACACAUCCGGACCGUCUCUCAACAUCCUCAUCAAGCUCAUGGCCGUCGAAUCGCUUGUGUUUGCUCCAUUCUUCGCCACUCAUGGAGGCCUCCUCUUCAAGUACCUUUAGAAUGCAAAUAAGCAAAAUGCGAGCCGUCUACUUUCACUAGAAACUACUCUUCUCUUCUUCAUUCAGGUCGUUUUUGUUGUCUUCUUCAUCCCAUUCCAUGUUAUACUUCAUUUCCAGUUCUAAAUUUAGCUGUUACGUUGAAAACUCAAUACCUAUUGGAACAAAACAAUCAAAUUUUCCCUUGGCUAUAUUAAUUGCAAUAACUUCUUACUGU